GCGAGAGCUCACAACGAGUUUGUUACUCAAAGCGUCAAGAAUCAUCAAAAGGAAAUAAACGGAAUUUUAAACGCCUAAAGAAAAGAUAUAAAGAAAAAAUAAAUCUGAGAGAAAUAAAGAAAAGAAAAUCAAAACACAAUCUUACAAACAAACGCCUAUAUAUCACGGAUUACGGUUAACUACAGCUGAAUUGAAAACAAAAAAAAUCAAUAAAUAAAUAAAGCAAAUUGUGGAUUAAUGCUUGAAAUAAAGUGAAAAUUUAGCAAUUUUUAAGAGAAAAAUUAAAAAUUGUGUUGAUCCCAAGAUCAAAUAAAGAAGAAGAAGAAAAGUGUUGGCUACAAAAAAAAUUUGGUGCUGUUGUUUUGCGAGAAAAAUUUGGAUUACAUCUCAAACGCAGCACAGUUUUGAAAACCACUUGGCAAUAUCUUUUUUUUUUUUAAAAAAAAAAAGAAAUAAAAAUCUAUUUAAAAAAAAUCUAAACGGUUCAUUCCGCCGCUUCCAUAGCCGUUACAAAAAACAGCCUUCAAAAUUCUACUCAAAGAACGCAAAGACAUCAUUUCAAAAAUGAAAUCCUUAACGGCCGUCUGCCAGACCGGAGCCUCCAUGCCCGCCAUCAAUCCCAAUGGCCGCAUCAGUCGCCAUCCGCCCCAUCGCGGUGAUGGCGAAAAUGCCGAAAUGAAAAUGUAUCUCUCCAAACUGAAGGAUCUGGUGCCGUUUAUGCCCAAAAAUCGCAAACUAUCCAAAUUGGAGAUCAUACAACAUGUCAUCGAUUACAUAUGCGAUUUGCAAUCGGAAUUGGAGACGCAUCCCGAAAUCAAUAACUUUGAUGCCACGGCAGCUUUAAGUUUUGCCGCCUCCAGCUUGGAUAGAGUUACCUCAGCAGCAAAUGUCUCAUCCUCCUCCUCCAACACCAACACAUCCCAUGACAAUGAUGAAGAAAUGUCUGAGCACAGGCAGCAAGAGGCGGAGGGUGAGGAUGAGGGUGAUGAUGAUGAUAACGAUGACCACGAGCUGCAACAACGCCUGCAGCCACAGUCUAGUCCUGCUCAACGCCAGCCCUUGGUGGAUCGCCAGACCCCCAAUACGAUUUUGCCACCCGCCUCACAGCAACAACAGCAACAGCGUCAAAUGAAUGCCGUCGCCAGCUCACUGCAGAAUCCUCAUCAUCAUCACAUCUCCUCAACGGCAGCAGUUACCGACUACUCCCAUUCUUCAGCCUCGCAGGCUUCUUCAACAACACACACGUUAAUCGAUGAAAAGGCAGCCAGCAGGCAGUCGUGUUAGACUUUAAGUAAAUAUCCUAAAAAUAAUUUUUAAUAUUUUAUUGAAAAACCAUGAAUUCCUCAUUUUUAACAAAACAACAACAUAAGUUAAUAAAAAAAUAUAACCCUUAAGGUCGACCGCCCAACGGAAGAGUUU